UGAACUUUUACCAGCAGGCAGCGUCGAUCCUCGAUCGACUGGCUCAACAGAAGGGCACCAUAAAGGGCCUCACUCUUGGAGAUAACAAAAUAAAAGACAAAAAGAAGAUGUACGCUAUUGUCUGUGAAACUUUGAAAUACAAAGAAGCUUUGAACAACAUUAUAGAUACCAGCAAAAUAUUGACCAUCGAGAAAAAGCUGCCUAGAACAAUGGCUUUACUAUUGAUCCACGAUCUUCUGUUUACAAAAAGAGGAAUACAGUCUUCUGAUGGGCCAUUGAAGCAAGCUGUCAUGCGACAUAAGGCUAGGCUGAAGGCUGAAUUGGUGAAAUACAAAAUUAAGAUGGGGGCCAAAAGCGACGAUGAUUUAGUGAGCCAAAAAGUCAAAGACGCAGUUUUGAUACCGCGUUAUGUCCGAGUUAAUGAGCACAAGACCACGGUCGACAAAGCCAUACAGGCAUUCAUCAAAGAGGGGUACACUUUGGAAGAGCCUCGCGACGAUCUCUCUUCGUUAAGUAAAUUGACGGUUCGACGAGACAUCCAUUUGAACGAUUUGCUUGUUCUUCCGCCCAAUUCCGAUCUUCACGAUCAUCCCAUGUACAUAUCUGGCGAGCUCAUUUUACAGGACAAAGCUUCCUGCUUUCCGGCUCAUGUCUGCAACCCGGCAAAAGGAUCCCACAUUAUUGAUGCAUGUGCUGCGCCAGGAAACAAAACAUCACACUUGUCAGCAUUGGUGCGCAACACUGGAAAAAUCUUUGCUUUCGAUUUAGAUAUGAGACGACUUGAUUUGUUGAAACGGCUCACAAACAAAGCUGGCUGCAAGAAUAUUACUCCUUUGCACGGAUCGUUCCUUGAAGUUGAUCCCAAUGAUCCAAAGUAUGCAGAGGUCGAAUAUCUGCUGUUGGAUCCAUCAUGCUCAGGAUCUGGUAUCAUUAGCAGAUUGGAUCAUCUUGUUGAUGAUGAGCAAGAAGCAAACGGAACUGAGCGCCUAGACAGUUUGGCAGAGUUUCAAAUUGCCGUCAUUCAACAUGCUAUGAAAUUCCCAAAGGCUAAAAAGGUCGUAUACUCAACUUGCUCUAUACAUCCUCAAGAAAACGAACACGUUGUGAAAACGAUCCUCGCUUCCACUGAUGAUUUUGUCCUUGGACCCAGAAGUGAAGCUAUUCCAACCUGGAAACGACGUGGUUUGGUAGAAGAGUGCAAUGACGACAAAGAUAUCGCUGAAUCCGUUAUACGAACCAACCCAUCUGAAGAUUAUACCAAUGGGUUCUUUGUUGCUUGCUUUUUGCGAAAAGAAGCCACAACUGAUGCUACCAAUGAACAGAAGCGAAAAAUAGAAGGUGAUGCAGCAGAGGCACCUAGCAGCAAAAAGUCUAAAAAGAAGAACAAGAAAAAGAAGAAGGCGAAAGCAAAUAUUGAACCCAGUUUAUAGAAUUGUUUGCAU